AAAGUCCGAUGUGGGAAGUCCGUUUUGAACGCAUUAACGCCGACAAAGUUGAAGACAAAUAAGGACAUCGCUAGACUUGAAGACUUCCCCUCAGAGAUUUCCACUUCCAAUUCCAUCAUCUCUCUUCUCUUUCACUGCUCCCAAUCUCAAAUCCUCGUAACGUUGUCACCAAUCCGAAACUGAUUUCCCCUGACUGUUGUAGCUGUGGGAUGCAGGGGGUUUUGGUCGGAGGGAAGUGUCCUACUGACGUCUCAGCGUAUCGGGACCUAGACAUUUGUACGGACCCUUCUGCGAGCUCAGCUCUGUGAAUGGCGGAAAAUACUCAAUUGGGGGCCGUGAAAAUGAUUGGAGAGAGUGAUGUUGAGCUGGUGAAAUCCGUCUCUAAUAAGCAUGCCGAUCUCGUGAGGCCAACUGCUCGGUAUUUUUCUGCAUUAAAAGAUGCUGUGGCUUGUGGGAAAGGAAGAUAUACGCUUGUAAAAGACAUGGACUGCAUGGAACAGGGGAUAUAUGACAAACCUCUCCCUUGUUUUGGUUGUGGAAUCGGGUGGUUCUCCUUUCUACUGGGGUUUGCAUUCCCACUCAUGUGGUACUAUGCUACGUUUCUUUAUUUCGGCAACUAUUACCGGAAGGAUCCUAGGGAAAGGAUGACGUCAUGUCGUAGAUCAGUCAGUCAAGACUCAAGACCGAUACUGUUUUGUCGGUGUAACAUAAUUGGUGGCUAUAAGAAGGAUUUGGUCUGUGGGCCCACUGGAUGA